AUUUUAAUCACACUGAAAUUACUUAAUUACGUAAAAGUCGUAAUUGUUUUAAUUGGAACAAAGUUCAAGUGUCUUGUAAAUAUUCGGCUUUUAUGUAUUCAGAUUUUUAUUUCAAAAUUCCUGUAAAAAUGUGUGAUUUUAUUACGACUAUAAACUCGCCUAUGCACAUAAAACCAGUAAUUGCGCGUUGAGUCCAGUAAUUAAAAGCCGCUUCGUGUCAAAGGGUGGCCUCUGAGGGGAGUUCACGAGACGGAUGCCAGCUCAGAACAUAGAACUCGGACGUCUUUCAGCAAGUCCCGAAGUACCGGCCAAUAAUCAAAAUGCCCCAGAUGAAGAAGAUGGAACAGCAUCGUCGUCGGUGUUGGAUCGCGAAACUGAGGCAGGGGAUGUGCAUGCACCCACAGAUGAUCGUGUGAUUUUUAUCAACAGAGCACAACCACCGGUACCAAAAUUCGUAAAUAAUAGAAUUUCGACUGCUAAAUAUAGUAUUCUACGUUUCAUUCCGUUGUUCCUUUUUGAACAGUUUAGGAGAUGGGCAAAUAUUUUUUUUCUUAUGAUUGCCCUAUUGCAACAAAUACCGGACGUGUCUCCGACUGGACGUUACACCACACUAGUGCCUCUUAUUUUUAUUCUUGCAGUGUCUGCAAUCAAGGAGAUCAUCGAAGACAUCAAAAGACACCGAGCUGAUGAUGAGACGAACCACCGCAAAAUCGAAGUCCUCAGAGGCGAAAAUUGGAUUUCUGUCCGAUGGAUGGACGUAAUUGUUGGCGAUAUCGUCAAAGUCCUCAACAACACAUUUUUUCCCGCAGAUCUCGUCCUUUUAUCAUCCAGUGAACCUCAAGGUAUGAGUUUCAUCGAAACAGCGAAUUUGGACGGCGAGACGAACCUCAAAAUACGCCAAGCCCUUCCAAGCACAGCUAAACUAACAACAAUCAGCGACCUCAAAAGUCUAUCGGGAACGAUCGAAUGCGAACCACCCAAUAAACAUUUAUACGAAUUUAACGGCGUACUCAAAGAGACCAAUAAAAUUGCGGAGGCUUUAGGACCCGAUCAAGUUUUACUCCGGGGGGCUAUGUUGCGGAACACUUCGUGGAUCUUCGGGAUUGUUAUAUACACCGGACAUGAGACCAAACUCAUGAGGAAUUCGACAACGGCCCCCUUGAAACGGUCAAGUGUCGACAAACUUACCAACGUCCAGAUUUUGUUACUUUUCGGUAUUUUGUUCAUCAUGUGUCUAAUCAGCGCCGUUUUUAAUGUGAUUUGGAGCAACAAUAAUAAGAGUGCGAAUGGUUACAUCGGUGGCGAACCCAACUCGACCCAAAAUUUCGCCUACAAUCUCCUCACAUUUCUGAUUCUUUUUAAUAAUCUGAUCCCGAUUUCGUUGCAAGUCACACUGGAAGUUGUCCGUUUCAUCCAAGCGAUUUUCAUCAAUAUGGACAUUAAAAUGUACCACUCAGAGAGCGACACUCCUGCCAUGGCCCGAACUUCAAACCUAAACGAGGAACUCGGUCAAGUCAAGUAUAUUUUCUCGGACAAGACUGGAACUUUGACACGAAACGUCAUGGAGUUUAAGCGAUGUGCGAUAGGGCAUGACGUGUACGAUGCCCAUGCUGAUAGUCCAAACGACGCUUUGAUAGUCCAACAUUUGCGACAAGACCACAAAAAUGCCCCACUAAUCAAAGAAUUGCUCGUUCUCUUAUCAGUCUGUCAUACAGUAAUUCCGGAGAAAAUGCCCGAUGGUAGUAUAGUCUACCAUGCGGCAUCCCCCGACGAAAGGGCCCUUGUGUACGGGGCUUGCCGUUUCGGUUACGUGUUCCAUAGUCGCACCCCCAAUUACGUCGAAAUUGACGCACUUGGUGUGAAAGAACGCUAUGAAAUUCUAUCGGUUUUGGAAUUCUCCUCAGCCCGGAAACGGAUGUCAGUCAUCGUUAAGGACCCCUCUGGUAAAAUCAAAUUGUUUUGCAAGGGGGCCGAUACGGUGAUUUACGAACGUGUGGAUGCUUCUGGACGAGAACAUGGCGAGUUACUUCUCCAACAUUUGGAAAGCUUCGCCACGGAGGGGUUAAGAACGUUGUGUUGUGCCGUAGCUGAAUUAAAAAAGUCAGAGUAUGAGGAUUGGAAGCAGUUGUAUCAUAAAGCAACGAUUUCGUUGCAACAUCGCGAGGAGAAGAUUGAAGAAGCGGCGAAUUUGAUUGAGCGGAAGUUGAAGUUGAUCGGAGCGACGGCCAUUGAGGAUAAGUUGCAAGAUGGUGUCCCGGAAGCGAUAGCGACGUUGUUGAAAGCGGAUAUAAAUAUUUGGGUGCUAACAGGGGAUAAACAAGAGACGGCUAUUAAUAUUGGGUAUUCGUGUCGGUUGCUCUCCCAUGGGAUGCAACAUAUUAUUCUCAACGAAGAUGGCUUAGAUAGCACUCGUGAGUCGAUUUUGCGGCACAACGCCGAACUGGGCGAGAACCUCCAGCGACAAAACGAAAUCGCGCUCAUAAUCGACGGGAAGACCCUGAAAUACGCCCUCAGUUGCGAGCUACGCACCGACUUCCUCCAGCUCUGCAUCUCAUGCAAAGUGGUGAUUUGUUGUCGAGUGUCUCCGAUGCAAAAAGCGGAAGUCGUUGAAUACGUUACUAAAUUCACGAAAACGGUUACUCUCGCUAUCGGCGAUGGGGCGAACGACGUGGCCAUGAUCCAGAAAGCACACGUGGGGGUGGGCAUAUCGGGGGCGGAGGGGCUCCAAGCCGCUUGCGCCUCCGAUUACAGUAUAGCACAAUUUCGGUUUUUGUUACGUUUGUUAUUAGUGCACGGCGCGUGGAAUUACUCGCGAAUGUGCAAGUUGAUUUUGUACAGUUUCUAUAAAAAUAUUUGUUUAUAUGUGAUCGAGUUAUGGUUUGCGAUUUAUUCCGGCUGGUCUGGGCAGAUUUUGUUCGAACGGUGGUCAAUCGGGUUGUAUAAUGUUCUGUUUACGGCUUUGCCCCCGUUGGCGAUGGGGCUGUUUGAUAAGGCGUGUAGCGAUGAAGUUAUGAUGACGCAUCCGAAAUUGUACAAACCGUCGCAGAAUGGCCAACUUUUCAACGUUAAAGUUUUCUGGUUGUGGGUGGUUAAUGGGAUGAUACAUUCAGCGAUCUUGUUUUGGUUACCGUUAUUGGUUUGCAACCAUGAUAUUUUAUGGAUGUCGGGGCAAGAUGGGGGCUAUCUAGUCGUGGGCAACAUUGUUUACACUUAUGUGGUUAUAACCGUGUGUUUGAAAGCCGGUUUGGUUACGAAUUCGUGGACUUGGUUGACACAUUGCGCCAUCUGGGGGUCGAUCCUACUCUGGUUUCUUUUUGUCGUAAUAUAUAGUUUGUUUUGGCCGACUAUACCAUUUGGGAGUGUUAUGGCAGGGAUGUACUUAAUGUUAUUCAGCACUGCCGUAUUUUGGUUAGGGAUGUUCCUCAUACCGAUAAUUGCCAUCAUUCCGGACUUUCUUGUAAAAGUUUGCCCUUACUCCGUUUUCAAGUCCAAGAAGUGGUGUCCUUGUCCCAUUGUCCAAGGAACAAUUUUCAAGUCACUAACCGACGCAGUUCGGGAAGGCGAAAUCCGGAAAACCGGAACUGACGUAUACCGGGGCGAGCCAAAAAAUUCACUUUCCGAGACUGCCCGUUUGCUGAAGAACGUGUUUUCGAGACGCACCCCCAGGAUCGACCUCGAAGUCGAGCUGUCACAUGGAUUUGCGUUUUCGCAAGAAGAAGGCGGCGCCGUGUCCCAAACGGCCGUCAUCAGAGCCUACGACACCAACAUCCCCAAACCCGACGGGAUGUAGGAGCCAAAAUGUGUGCUUUUCUAGCUUGUAAGUCUUGUCUCGUUUCAAAUGGGAUUUAGCUUUCUGUGUCGUGCCAAACGAGCCGAUUUUUGUGGGGUAAUCAAAACUGUGUCAAAUUAUUACAAUCACUGUCUAGACGAGUUUAGUUGAGAUAAGUCACUCUAUCACGUGCCUUUCUUCACUGGAGAGACUUAACUUAGAAAUAGGACAGAAUCAAAUAUUUUCGGCGGUUUUUUUCUACUACCAACUAGUCUCGAAGGUUUGUAUUUGGGUUUUCAUUAAGUGGUUUUUUCUUUCUUGGCCUAAUUGGGCCUCAAACCAGCAGUGAUCUCUCCAGUCUGACUCACAGGAAGUCCCAAGUGAGAGUUUUUUGGUAAUUGACCCAAAAAAUCUCAUCACGGACACCCUGUGUAAAAUAGUUGUUGUAAUUUUGAUCUAUGUCUGUUAACCAAUCCCAAUUCUAAUACGUAAAGUAAGUGUAUACGUUGCGAAUCAUCCAAAUAGAAUGAUUGACAACGUACCACUUACUUUUUUAUGUUAUUAAAUUCAUGUUAAUGUUAAAAAGUGUAACCUAAAAAUUUAUAAUAAAUGUAUAUUUAUUUAACACAAAAA